CGUAGUCGAAGAUCCAAUUUCGAAAUCCCUUUCACAUGGAAAUCCCCCAAGAAACUGAUGAUUACAUAAGAGAAUCAAUCGAUCACAGCGUCGGUCUGACGGUCUCUACCGACGCACUUCUUUUUAAACUUCGAGCGGUCGAAGUGUCGCGGACUCACCUCCGUCGCCAGUAUCUCUCUCUGCAAUCCAAGCUAAAAGAGAAAGAUGAAACCAUUGAACGAUCUAGGGCUGAGGCGAGCAUGAAUGCUGUGGCUUUGAAGAAAUUUGUGGAGGAAAACCAGAAAUUGGCGACGGAAUGCUCUAAUCUGUUGGCUCCCUGCAAUAAGUGGGAGAGAGAGUGCUCGCUCUAUGACCACGAUCGUGAAGCUUUGAUGGAUUUUGCGAACGAGGCGGACGAGAGAGCCAAGGAAGCUGAGGAUGGUAAGUCCACCAAUACAGAAGAGGAACAUCGUUUAGUCAAUUCACUGUUCACUGCUAUGUUUGGCAAGGACGAAAUUGUGUCAACUGCACAUAGCUUCCUAGAGGCACAUACGGGAAUUGAAGUUUGCAACAAGUUAGUGACAUUGUGGUCAAGCUUGAGUCCUUUAACCCAGAAAGCUGUAGCAUUAGCAGCAAAGGUGAAAAGUCUAGAGGAAGACAAGGACCAUUUAACGAUUAACCUUCAUAGAGCUGAAGAGGAGGUGAAUGUCCUGUUUGAAGAAAACAAUGUCCUGAACGAGGAGAAUAAACGGUUGAUGAGGCAAUGCUAUAGGGAAAAGCACAAUAAUGGUUCGAGUGGAGGGACUGCUUCUGGAAAGGGGAAAAGAAAAUGCAGCCCCAAGAUGAGUAGCCCAGUGGAGAAGAAGAUUGAUUCAAGUGAUGUGAAUAUGCUGAGACAGCCACUCUCACCACUCCAAUUUAACUCCCCUGAAUCGAGAAUGCACAAGCAGUAAAUCAAGAGAUUUGGUCUUUAAUUUUUUUCACCCCCCUUGUUAUUUGUCUAAUUCCUAAAUUUUUGGGGAGGAAAUAAUGAUGAUUGAUCAUUGUGUUGGAGGUGAUAAGUUGAUAGCUACUUGUGAAAAGUAGAAUCCAAAUUGAUCACUAAAAGAUCAACUUGGAUAGCAACUUGGAGGAGAAGAACUCCAAGAUGACUACUACAUGUUGGAAGAAAAAAUAAAAAUGAUCUCCUUGUAGAGAUAUGCCACUUGGUGGAAGCUUCCUAUCACACAUGAUGGUAGAGAAAUCUAAAAUGAUCUCUAGAAGAUCAAGUUAGAAGCUUCUUAUAGAUCAAGUUGGGACAACUUGCUAAGAAGCCAAAAUCGAGAUGAUCUUCUCUUGUUGGAAGAAAAAUUCAACAUGAUCACUACUUUAUCCCCCAAGUCUAUAAACAUGUGAGGAGGUUGAAAGGAGAAUUAUUCAUAAACACAUCAACAUUACAAGCUCUCCUUUCACUCUCUAAACCAAUUCUCUUAUUCGCAUAUAGCCACUUUAGGAGCAUCGUCUCCUCAUUUUCUCGAAACUCUGAAAGUUCGUCGGUGCCUAGUGAGUUUGAGGUGCUUCUACUCACUAGGACGAAGUCGUUUUAUCUUUGGGGGACACUACGCCAAUCCGUGAGCACUAGCCGGAGCGUAAUUUGUCUUGCGGAAAGAGGGCUUUCCUCGACUCGACUUAUAGUUAGUACGGUUAUUUUCUAUUUUUGUUGUAAUAUCCAUUUCACUUGUAUCUGUAUUGCUCUUCGGUUGUAAUAGUUAGAGUACUGUCUGUAAACGGCUCGGGAAUUUUCCCAAUUUUAUCCAACACAUUGUAGUUGUGAUAAUAGAUGCAACGAAAAGAGACGCUUUGAUACUUGUGAUUGCAUUCGCCCAAGAAAUGGCCUGAGUUUUGCACGGGCACUUGGCAGAGUUUAAGACUGAAUGGCCGCACCUCUGGCUCGAGUCUCAGGUUUGUUAUCCUGCACAGGCAGCAUGCCACGAAUUAUGGCGGGUGACUCGUUGCUGCUCUUAAAAAAUAUGAAAUUAUUAUUAUUAUUAUUAUUAUUAUUAUUAUUAUUAUUAUUAUUAUUAUUAUUACUAUUAACGAGUUAUCAUAGCUCCACUUUUGCACAUCCUUCUAAACCUGCCCCAGUGCUUCCGAAGCAUUUUGUACUCACGCUCGGUCAUGCCAUUUGGCUGUUGAGCGUUGUACUUUCUGGUGACUCGAUCCUAAAACACUCAACACUUUUGGGAGUUGCCGAUGAUAUGGUCCUUGAAGAAACAGAUGAAGACCUUCGCCAAGAACAAUGUCUCAUUGGGCCUACUAUACUUCUGAGGCCUGGUGGUAUCUUCUUGCCCUUACCCUUUUUACGUGUGAUCUUGGUCUCCAUAUCAUGAUAUCAUAAUCAUUAGUAUUCACCAACAACAAAUCGGUUGUCUAACUGGCAAUUGCCGGUAGUGGAGCCCGUAGCCGGACUAGGCGCAAUUGCAUAGGCCGAUGCUUGCCAAUUUUGGCUUCUAAUGAACUCAUCCAUCUCCUCCC